AUGCUCGCCGUGCUCGGCGCCGCGCUGCGGUCGCCGCUGCGCCGGACAUCUCACAGAACGCUCACAUCGCUGCGCGCCGCCGGCGACACGAUCUACGCGCUGUCGUCCGGCCGCGGCGUCGCCGGCGUCGCCGUCGUGCGCGUGAGCGGCCCGUCCGCGAGCGACGCGCUCGCGGCGCUGACGCCGGGCAAACCACUCCCGGCGCACCGCGUGGCGUCGCUGCGCACGCUCCGCGACGCGUCCGACGUCCUCGACGAGGCGCUCGUCCUGCGCUUCGAGGCGCCGCGGAGCUUCACGGGCGAGGACGUCGUCGAGCUGCACUGCCACGGCGGCGAGGCGACGGUCGACGGCGUGCUCGAGGCUCUAGAUGCCCUCCCGAAGCUGCGCGCCGCGGACCGCGGCGAGUUCACGCGGCGCGCGUUCGCCGCGGGGAAGCUCGGCCUCACCGAGGUCGAGGGUUUGGCGGACCUGCUCGCCGCGAAGACGGCGCCCCAGCGGCGCCAGGCCCUGGCCCAGAUGGGCGGGUCCAUGGAGCGGACCUACGCGCGCUGGCGCGGCGAGCUCGCGAGCCUGCGGGCGUCCGCGGAGGUCCUCGUCGACUUCGGCGACGACGUCGAGGGCGACGUCGCGGACCAGAGCGACGACAUCCGCGCGGCGCUGGACGCCAGCGUCCGCUCCCUGAAAACGGAGCUCGACGCCGCGCUAACGGACGCGCCGCGGGGCGAGGCGACGCGCGACGGCGUGCGCGUCUCGUCGCUGCUCAACGCCGUCGCCGCUCGCGACGCGGCGAUCGUGUCCCAGGCCGCGGGCACGACGCGCGACGUGCUGGAGAUCGGGCUGUCCCUCGGCGGCCUGCCCGCGCGCCUCUUCGACACGGCGGGGCUGCGCGUCGACGGCGAGGAGGACUCCCUGGACGCGGUCGAGGUGGAAGGCAUGCGGCGCGCGGCCCGGGCGGCCGAGGCGGCCCACGUCGUCGUCUUCGUGCUCGACGCCGCCGACGACGACGCGUCGGCCGUCGCCGACGCCUUCCGCGCCAUCGCGCCCGUCUGGCGCCGCGACGACGGCGCGCCGGCGCCGGAGUUGGUCGUCGUCACGAACAAGGCGGAUUUGGCCGAGGGCCUGGGGGCUGUGGUCGCGGCGGCGGCGACGGUGCGCGCGUCGGCGACGGCGGCCGACGGCGCCGCGGCGCUCGUCGACGAUCUCGAGCGGCGGGUCGUCGACGCGUUCCGGUCGAGCCGCGACGACUACGAGGCGCCGGCGAUCACGCGCGCGCGCCACCGGAAGCACGUCGCGAGCUGCGUCGCGUGUCUGGACGCCGUGCUGUCCGAUCCCGACUUGAUGCCGGAGCUCGUCGCCGAGGAGCUCCGGGCCGCGACGAGCGACCUCGGCGCGGUCGUCGGCGCGGUCGACACGGAGCAGGUGUUGGACGUGCUGUUCAACGACUUCUGCAUCGGGAAGUAA